AUGGCGCGAGAAUGCAAGUAUCGAGAGAUGUGCGAGUUAUUCCUCAGCGAUUCGGACGAAGAAAUGGAGCUGGAGGUUGGAGACGACGACUACAAAGACGAAUGUUUAUACGUAGAGGAGAAUUCAUCUUCAGAGGAAGAUGAAGAAGAAUUAAAUUACGGAAAUCGAUCAGCAGACCAGUACAUGACCGAACAGUGCCGAAAGGGCAACCUGGUUAUGACCCUCUUCACAAAAUUGAGAGCCUUUCAUAAACCAUUUGAACCAUGCGCUGCAAAAAACACUGUGGUGUUGCGGUGGAAAGACAAAACGGAUGUGGCAGUCCUGUCCACCAUUCACAGACCUCAGAUGGUUGCUGUGAAUACCCGUACCAGUUGUAAAGAAGAGGCCCACAGCUAUUGUGGAUUACCACAAGAACAUGGGCGGGGUGGACCUCAACGAUCAUAUGAUUUCUACAACGCUUUCUACAGGAAGACCACAAAAAUGGUGGAAGAAACUGCCUUCCAUAUGCUGACUCUCACCAUGGUGCAAGCCCAUUGUCUUUACCUGAAGGUCAGAAAAAUGAUUGGUAAACCAGGUAUGUGUCUUGAAGAUUUUAUGAUUCUGUAG